GAGACGCUUCUGUGUUGAGCAGCAACGACAGUAUAGGACGGCGGGAGGAGAGGGAGCAGUUUGUUUUGACAAUAAACCGGUAAACAAAAGCUACCACUAGUUCUUUCUUCAGAAAAGUGGCGUUUUUGUGUCUUUGGUGGACAGGUAUUCGUUGAAUUAAAUGUUGUACGAUUUCCAGCGUUUGCGUAAGGAGCUCCAGCCGGCGAAUCGCAUCACUUCGCCCGGAGGGUCAUCGUCAGCGGCGACACCCUCUGCUCCGUCAGCCUGAACCGUUUAGAAAAUGACCGGAGAGAAGCUCCGCUCCCUGCGUAAGGACCAGAGGCCGAGCAAGGACGAAGAUCUACUGGAACCGGACGAGGAAGCUGCCACCGGGACGUUCGCUGUCCCCAAAGCGAAUAACAAGAGCAGGGCGAGUAAAAUAUUCAGCAACCACAAGUUAAUCAAGUCACCGUCCACACAGUCGCAGAAUAAUGGUAACACCAAUAACACUCUGGCAGCAUCGGAUGUUAUUGAUGACAACAACAAAAAUCCGAUCAUCAAACCGGGGCUGGACUUUCCGGUGCACGAAUGUGUCUUUAAAGGAGAUGUCCGACGGCUGUCUUCGCUCAUUCGGACACAAAAUAUUGCCCAGAAGGACGUCCAUGGAAACACACCAUUACACCUCGCUGUCAUGAUGGGACACAAAGAAUGUGCUCAUUUGUUACUGGCUCACAAUGCACCCGUGAAGGUGAAGAAUGCUCAGGGAUGGAGCCCCCUUGCAGAGGCCAUUAGCUAUGGAGAUCGACAAAUGAUCACAGCAUUGCUGAGGAAGUUGAAGCAGCAGUCCAGGGAGAGCGUAGAAGACAAGAGGCCCAAACUGCUGAAAGCCCUCAAAGAGCUUGGAGACUUUUACCUGGAGCUUCACUGGGACUUCCAGAGUUGGGUGCCUUUGCUGUCCAGAAUCCUCCCAUCAGACGCGUGUAAGAUUUACAAGCAUGGCAUCAACAUCAGGUUGGAUACAACCCUGAUAGACUUUACUGAUAUGAAAUGCCAGCGGGGAGACCUAAGUUUCAUCUUCAACGGCAAUGCUAUUCCUUCUGAGUCAUUUGUUGUUCUGGACAAUGAACAGAAGGUCUACCAGCGGAUACACCAUGAGGAGUCGGAGAUGGAGACAGAAGAGGAGGUGGACAUUUUGAUGAGCAGUGACGUUUACUCUGCCACACUUUCCACCAAGUCCAUCACUUUCUCGAGGGCGCAGACUGGAUGGCUUUUCAGAGAGGAUAAGACGGAGCGCGUGGGAAACUUCUUGGCAGAUUUCUAUUCCGUCAACGGCCUUGUGCUGGAGUCCAGAAAGAGACGAGAGCAUCUGAGUGAGGAGGACAUCUUGAGGAACAAAGCUAUUAUGGAGAGUCUGAGCAAAGGAGGAAACCUCAUUGAGCAGAACUUUGAGCGUAACCAUCAGUCCAAUCUUGAAACUGCAUUGUCCCGCUGGACCCUUGAGCCAAUGAGAAGGCAGUCUUUAACCCCCCCAUUGCCCAACACUAUUUCCUGGGAGGAAUACAUCACUGCAGACAAUGGAAGAGCGCCUCAUUUAGGAAGGGAGCUGGUCUGUAAAGAGAGCAAGAAAAACUUCAAAGCCACGAUAGCCAUGAGUCAAGACUUCCCUCUGGGCAUUGAAUCGUUAUUGAAUGUCCUGGAGGUGAUUGCACCCUUCAAGCACUUUAAUAAACUCAGGGAGUUUGUUCAGAUGAAGCUCCCCCCUGGCUUUCCUGUCAAACUCGACAUCCCGGUCUUUCCUACUAUUACAGCCACGGUCACGUUUCAGGAGUUCCGCUACGACGAGUUCGAUGAAUCCAUUUUUACCAUUCCCACUGACUACAAAGAAGACCCAAGCCGCUUCCCUGACCUUUAACCUCUCGCCUUGGUUUUUAAUCCCACAAAACACACCUUUUAUGAAUGGAAACCCCUGUCACAAGCUCAGACUCUGAACACAGACCGUACAGCAGCAGGAUGAGAAGACCCACAGGAUCAGCUCUGCAGAGGAGUUGACAUCAGUCGAUGUGAACAUAAGCUGAGGCGUUGCUGAUUCUUACUCUAACCUCCAAAUCUGACACAGCGCAGCAGGAAAUGUAGGUAACUGAGAUUUUUUAUCAAAGGGCAUUGAAGUGAAAAAACAUGACAGCAGAGCACGGGGCUUUAUUUAUAUGAGGUAAGAGUAGAAUAAAGAACUACCAGUUCAGUUGACACUUUGUAUUUAAGUCUGUGUUGUUUUUAAAGGGAUUGUGUCUAACUGACAUGUAGUGACGCACUGAUGAUACUGUGUGAGAUGCUUUUAUGGGAAGUCUGCUCAGAGUUCAUUUUGGACAAAACCAUCUCGCAAUGCAAAAACCUUUCAAGUUUUUUCUACUUACUGCCAAUACAAAAAGUAAAAUUAUAUACUGAUGAAACCAGAUAUUUAUAUACAUUAAAAAAAGACACAUUUUUGUCACUGACACUCUCUUCUUGUUUUAGGUCUAGUAGGAUUACCAAAAUUUGUUUUGUGUUUUUUUUUCCCUUCCAAAAUGUUUCCAUUUAUUUCCUUAGUAUUUAAACUGUAUGACUUGAGUUAAACUGGUUUAAAUAUGUUGGUGUCUUGCUCACAGGUGAUUGUAGGACAGAAUGGAAAAUGGUCCAUUUGUUCUGGGAUGUACACGCCCAUUUCAAACCAAAACACAUACUUGUGUAAGUGUGUAAUUCCCUUCCCAAUAUAUUGGGCGAUUUCAUUUGAUUUUCCCGUGAUAUCACACAACAUGGGAUUAGUUUGAGGUGUUGACAUAAAAUACCUCCACAAGUGAGCCUUCAGUUAACUAUUAAAAGCCAACAAAAGCAAACUUUGCCUUUGGGCUAAUCAAAAUUAUUAAAAAGGAAUUGUAGUAUAUGAAUGACGAAAGUAAUCAAAUUCAUUCAAUCAAUUUUAUUUGUAUAGCACAUUUCAGCAACAAGGUGGUUCAAAGUGCUUUGUUUCAUAAAAACACAUAAAAGUCAUAAAAACAAUGUAAUCACUAACUGAGAAACCAGUAACUACAUUACGUUUUCCUGAUUUGAUUUAAAGGAACUCAGUGUUUCAGCUGUUUUGCACUUUUCUGGAUAUUUGUGCAAAAUAGCACAAGUGUUUUGUUCCAGAUUUGUUUCCAAUCUGGAACAAAUUCCAGAAGCUGAAUGCUGCUUCUCCAUGUUUGGUUCUGGGGAUGCAGAGCAGAACCAGAAGACCAGAGCAGUUUGGAGGGUUGAUACAGGAACACCGGAUCUUUAAUGUAUUUUGGUGCUAAGCUGUUUUUUGAUUAUUCUGGUAUUUAGCAAAUAGAAAUAUUUUUGCUGUCCUAACUGAUUUAAAACAGAUAAAUUUUUUCGUCUUUUCAUACAGUGUAUGUAAAUGUCUGGUUUCUACCUUAAAAUUAUUACAAUGCUUAAUGAAUUACUUCCACCAAUCACUGAUAACAUAUUUACUGAAUCAAAAGACAUGCAAUGACAACGGUACAUUUGGGAAAAUAAGUUCUUUUUUUAUGUUUUCAGGUCAACAUCAGCGUUUUAAAAGAAAAAUAUUCUUCCUUUGCAAAUAGCAAAAAUGUGUAAUUGUUUGUGUUGGGCAAAGAUUUUCACAAGCAUGGAGUCGUAUCACUACACUUGGUCACUGUUUAGACUCUCUAGGACAGCUCUUCAGUUUAAAGACUCUUGUUUUGUGAUGUCAAACUUUCAAUUGAGCUUCUGAAAGAUCAAAGUUGCAGCUGCAGAUCUUCACGAUACAUCAGUCUCAAUAAGCAGCAGUGAGUCUUACGUUGUGCUAAUUAAACCUUUUGUUUUUUAUUUCACAUUUUAAUCUGUGUAGCAAAUCUGUUCAAGCAGGUUCUAUAUGGACAACACAGAUUUUAAGGUUUUAAUUAUUACAGCAUACAGAGUUAAAACAUAAAGCCAGGGCUUUUGCUCUGUGCAGUAUAUUUGUUGGGUUUUGGGUGUUGGUUUGUCUUUUUUACUUCUUUGAACUGACAAGAGUAAUUUCAUUUUUUAUGUAGCAUCUGGGGUUAUCUCAAAUUCUUAUUGGUUUGUAAGUUGUGGUACAUUUUUCUACACACAUUUGUUUAAAUGAGCAGUAAUCUCUGAAUUGUUUGAUCAUCUUUUUCUUCAGUAAUGCAUCUCUUUGAUAUAUUUGGAAGAAUUUAUUUGAGGUUAUAUUAAAAAAAAAACAACAACAAACAAACAAGCACAAAACACCUGCAAAGAUUCCAUCUGAAAAGAUGAAACAAAGAAACUGAACUGUUCUUGUUCAUAAAAACUAGUGACUGCAGGAUAUUCCUGUUGUACAGGUGGAUCAGUCUUUCAGCAAAUAUUGCUUUUAUUUAGUUCCAAUUUUGUUCGUUUGUUCCAAACUGCUUUAGGUUCAGCUAGUGGAGGUGUGUCUCUUCUUCCAUUUCUGUGUUUUAUUUGUUAAUUUCCUAGCUCCACUUGCUCCAAUUUUAAAUGUUUUCUAUAUGCAUUUCUCCAUUAAACUACAUGUCAGUUGUACAGCUAAAAACUGUUCUAUAAGUCAGCAACACUAUUUUCAUAUAAAAUAUACUAAAAAUAAAAAUUCCUCAUAUCUGUCUGGAUGUUGUGCUUCUUCAGUUUAAUAAGGGCAAAAUAUACAUGCUGCUCUUCUCUUACUACAAACCU